AUGACCGUUUUCUCAGUUACCGCGUCGCCCGUCACCAGCCUCUUCGGGGCCUACGUCCUUUAUCUCGUGGGACUGGUUAUCUACCGCCUCUACUUCCAUCCCCUCGCCAAGUUCCCUGGCCCCAAGUACGCCGCCAUCAGCAGGUGGCAUGAAUUCUACUACGAGGUUGUCAAGCAGGGACAAUUCACCUUCAAGGUCCAGGAACUGCACAAGCAAUAUGGCCCCAUCGUCCGUAUUGUUCCAGACGAGAUACACAUCCAGGACUCUGAAUUCUACGACACCCUCUACACCAAAGCUGGCCGGGUGGACAAGUAUGAUUGGAUGGCAGGUCGGUUCGGUUGUGACACGUCUGUCUUCACCACCGGCCCAGACGAACUACAUCGAGUGCGGCGGGGUGCGUUGAAUCCAUUCUUCUCGCGGGCGCGCAUCCUUGACUUGCAGGACAUCAUUCGACAGAAGCUCGACACCUUGUUAGCUCGGAUCCGCGAAUUUCGGGAGGAGGGCAGAGUGUUGCGGCUCAACCGGGCAUUCAUGGCAUUUACCGGCGAUGUGGUGAUGGAGUAUUGCUUCUCCCACAGCUACGACCAUGUCAAAGGCGUGAACUUCGACGAGACCAUGCACGAGCCCUUUAUGGCGGCAAGCAUCAGUGGCCAUCUAUCGCUGCAAAUGCCCUGGGUCCCCAAACUGCUCAACAUGCUUCCAGAGUCGAUCUUGACCAAGAUUGAGCCACUGUACGCUCUUGUUUUCCGGAUGCAAGCCGACCUGCGUCGGCAGAUCCUUGCACUCAAAGCAGGCGAUCUGAGCAACGCGGCUCAGAAAUCGACACAUCCGACCGUCUUCCAGGAGCUCAUUGCAGGGUCACUGCCGGCGUCUGAGAAGGAGACCCGCCGCCUUCAAGACGAGGCACAGCUCGUGGUGGCCGCCGGUGUCACGACUACGGGCUGGGCGCUCUCGACCGCGGCAUUUCACCUGCUCAACAAUCCAUCCACCCUCGCGCAACUGCGCAAGGAGCUCGAAGCUGCCAUCCCGGACCCCUCGGCUCCCUUGUCCUGGACCGAACUCGAAAAACUACCCUUCCUCACGGGUUGCGUCCGGGAAGCGGUGCGCAUGUCAUACGCGGUUACCACGCGAAACCCGCGGAUAUUCUCCAGGCCUGUGGUGUACAAGAACUGGGAGAUCCCGCCCCGAACACCCAUCUCAAUGACCAUCGUGGACGUAUGCGACGAUGAGGCCAUCUUUCCGAACCCCCGACAGUUCCGGCCAGAGCGGUGGAUGAAUUCUCCCAAGACGGAAGACGGAAGCAGCCUUGAGAGGUACUUCGUGGGAUUCGGCAAGGGGACACGAUCUUGUCUGGGAAUCAACCUGGCCCACGCCGAGCUCUACAUGGCCCUUGCUGGCGUCUUUCGCAAUUUCAGCUUGGAACUUUACGAGACUGACAGCUCUGACGUCGAGCUGGCGCAUGACUUCUUCUUGCCGAGCCCUAAAUUGGACAGCAAAGGCGUCAGGGUCAAAGUUUUGGAAGGGUAG